CAUUCAUUUCUGCUGUGUUUGUUAUAAAUCAGUGGCAGCAACUGAAUCGGAGAGCAGUUACACUGAUUCUGAUUCUUGUUAACUUCUCAGAUCGAAGGAAAAGAGUGAAAUCAUUACCAGAAUGGAUUUAAUGGAAAUUGAAGAUGACACAUACAUAAAUACGAACCUCACAAUGGAAAGACUCAUUAGCAAAGUGGAUUUUCAGAGAAGAAAGCAGCCCUCAAGAUGUAGACGUAAGAGUGUGUGUCUUGGAUUACUGUGUGUUGUCCUGUUGGCUGGUAACAUUGGACAGAUUAUCUACUAUGAGAUAAUCAGCCGUCCCGCAUCGGUAGACCCAGCACAGGCCAGUUACACUCUGGAAAAACUCAACAACACACAAGAAAACCGACUGCAGAGAUCUUAUGAUGCUUUAACUGCAGAGAAAAAACAGUUAGAGGUCAGACUGAGUAACUUGACUAAAGAAAAAGACCAGUUUCAGCAGAGUUUGACUACUGAAAAAGACAAGUUCUACGUCAGUUUCAACAAUCUGAAAAAUGAGACGGACCAGUUACAAGCAAGUUACAACAACUUAAAAGAAGAGCACAAUCAGAUGCAGACAAGCUUUAACAACAUGCAGAGGAGUCUUGAGACGUUACAGACUAAUCACAAUGACCUGACAGCAAGAAACAACCAGCUACAGACCAAUUACAAUAACCUGCAAAGAAGUAAUGUUAAGUUACAGACUACUUUCAACCAGGUACAGGGGAAUUACUCUUCACUGAAGAGAGAUAGUGACCAGUUGCAAAGAAGCUACAACACACUGAAUAUAAGUUGUAAUCUCCUUCAGACCAGCUACAAAUUGUUAUGGAAAGACAAAGAAAAAUUUCAAAACAGUUAUAAGAUUGUCAAGAGCGAAAAAGAGCAGUUACAGACCAAUUACAGCAGUCUGGCUACAAGUCAAGAACAGUUACAGAAGAAGAUCGACAAAGUAAGAAGAAACAUGGUCUGUCAGACAGGCUGGCGAAAGUUCGACAUCAGCUGUUACUUGGUUACAACUCUGGAGAAAAAUUGGACAUUAAGCAGACAAGAUUGCAUCGCCAAGGGAGCAGAUCUGGCCAUCAUAGACAGCAGGGAAGAGCAGGUAUUUGUCAACGGCUUAUUGAAAUCAGGCUACAAUGCCUGGAUUGGUCUGAGUGACAGCCUUGAAGAGGGGACUUGGGUGUGGUUGGAUGGGACUCCAGUCACCAUAGCGUACUGGCAGCCCGGACAGCCCAACAGCUUCAACAGGAACCAAGACUGUGGAGAAAUCGUGCAGAAGGAAGGAGGGGGAGAAUGGAACGAUGAUGGCUGUUUUGCUGAACAGCUCGGGAUCUGUGAAAAAUAAGAUCCCAAUUAAACACCAAAUUGUCAUAUCUUAAUACCUCAAGUGGAAUCUCGCCAUGUAGAUAGAGUUCAUUUUAUGUUUUAAGGUUUUAAGAUAUCCAUCUCUGCCUCCACCCCAAUACAAUUAAUGGGAAAGAUGUCCCUUUAAAAAAAAUCUAUAAUUUUUACUUGAAUUUCAUUGUAAUUUGGGUGACCCAACCAUUUUAUAGACACGGCACAUAGCAGGAAACGUACAAAUGGGCAUUUCACACAUUCUUUACUUAUGCAUCUGUAUUUCAAUCAUCACAUUUGUAUCACAUUGCAUCAUAUUUAAGCUUUACCGAUUUUAGACAAGUAAACUUUGGUGCUGAACAUUAGUUAGCUGAUUUAGUUGAUGAUUAUUAUGAUUGUUUGUACAAAAACAGAUUUUUCUAUUAAUGUGUAGUAGUCUACUGUAGUAUUCUGUGGUGUUUGGCAUUAGAUGUAUAAAAAUGAACAUAUAUUAUAUUACACACACACAUUUAUAUAUACAAACAUUUGCAUAUGGUAUUAAUAAUUUACUGUACCAAUUACAUGCAACUGGCACAAAUAAAUUGUUUUCCCAAAUAAAUUAA